AUGGAAGGAGAUGAAGAAAAAUUUUAAGAUCUCAGACAGAUCAAUACUCAAAUUGUAAUAAAGUCAUUCUAAAUUCCAUGUGCUAAUGAACCUAUUUUAAUAAGAAUCAUCGAUUCUUUGAAUCAAAUAAAAUACAAGAAAGGUUGA